AUGGCCGAAAUUCUCGACAGAAAUUACGGCGCUCAAUUUCCCGAAGAACUCGAAGGACAGCUCGAUCUACAGAAUGCAUCUGCAAAUUGUUGCAAAUUCAAUCGAUGGGGAAGCGUUGUUGCUGUAGGCUGUACAGAUGGAAGAGUUUUUGUCGUCGACUUCAUCACGAAAAACAUAGCUAGAACAUUCUCCGCUCAUGCUCUUCCGGUGAGUUCCUUGUCAUGGUCACGAGACGGUCGGAAAUUGCUCACCAGCUCCGCCGACAAUUCUAUAGCUGUUUUCGAUGUGCUUGCUGGAACUCUACUACACAGAAUCCGAUUCUCGAACAUGGUGACAUUUGCAAUGUUUCAUCCACGAAACGACAACAAAGCCAUUGUACUUCAAGUGAACUAUCAGCCCACACUUGAGCAAUUUUCCCCACGGCUCCAAAAGGUAUUGACGAAUGAUACGCCUGGUAACACAGAUGAAGUGGUGAGCUGUGUAUCUUAUGAUAGGAAAGGAAAGUACAUCAUCGCUGGAACGGGAAAAGGAAAACUGAUCAUUUACAAUUCGGAAACACUGAGAUGUGUAGCAUGGUGUAAGCAAAACACAGUUCAACAAAUUAGACAAAUCAUCGUUCCAAUGAAAAGUCGAUUCAUCAUAACGAACACACAGGACAGAGUUAUUCGAACAUAUGAACUUGAAGAUCUGAUUCAUCAAAAAGGUCAAGUGGUUGAAGCAAAGUAUAAAGUUCUUGAUAUGGUUAACAAGGCGGCUUGGAAAAAUGUUUGUACGGAUAGCGAUGGAUUGUAUGUAUGUGGAGCAUCGACUAAAGCUCAUUCUUUGUAUAUAUGGGAGAGUAACACCGGAUCACUCAUCAAAAUCUUGCAUGGUAACAAAGGAGAAGCUCUUCUUGAUGCCCAAUGGCAUCCCACUCGACCCAUCAUUUUGUCUAUCGCGCAAGGAGCAGUAUCGUUAUGGACACAAGCACAUGUCGAAAACUGGUCUGCAUUUGCUCCAGAAUUUCAAGAAUUGGAAGAAAAUGAAAAGUACGUUGAGAAAGAAGGUGAAUUCGAUAUGGAGGACGAAGAUGCAGAUGACGAUAUGAACAACAAGAACCAAGACGGGGACGAUGAUUUCAUCGAUGUAGUUAAUGUCAGACCAGAAGAAUUUCUAGCCAGCUCGGAUGAGGAAGAUUGUAAUAUGAUGAAACCGACAAAAAAUUUGGAAUCCGGGCCAUUAUGGUAUAUACCUGUUCCACCAGAAAUAGAGAAUCCAGAAGCUGAAAGGAAACUGCCGAAUGAUAUAAGCCAGCUGGAUGUUCUUCUGAAUCCUGCUUGGGUAGCAGCAUCGAAAGGAUACGAGGUUCCUCGUCCGCAAUAA